UUACACACAACAAACACUAUAUUUCUGAAGAAAAACAAAAAAGUAAUCAUCAUUUUUAUUUUCUGUUUUUCUAUUGAGGAAAAAAGCUUCAAAGUUUAGUUAUGGAGUCUUUAACAGGGUUAUCAAUAAAAGGGGUUUGUUUGGAUAAGGUUUUAGAUAAGCACAAAGUUUUAUCUUUGAGUAAAAAAUCAGAAAUAUGCUUUCUUGGAUUGUCAAGUUUCAAGAUUGUUCAUAUUACCUCAUGUUCUGUUCAGCACAAAACUAUUCACCCUAUUUUUUGUGCUUCUGAUUCUCAGAUACAUAUUCAGAGUGAAGAAACAGAAACAACUGAUACAAAUCAAUCCGAACCAGUUCGCGUAAAAUUUCAAUUGAAUAAGGAAUGCUCCUUUGGUCAGCAUUUCUACUUAGUGGGCGAUGAUCCAAUGCUCGGUUUAUGGGAUCCAUCAAAUGCAGUGCCACUUGAAUGGUCAGAGGGACAUGUAUGGAACGUCGAGUUGGAUAUCCCAAGUGGAAAAACUAUCAGCUACAAGUUCAUUAUGACAGUAGAUGAUGAGACUAUCUUUUGGCAACAAGGCCCUGAUCGAUUUAUUCAAACAUGGGAAACGAAGAAAACGAUAACAGUUUCUGAAGAUUGGGAUAAUGCUGAGCUGCAGACAAUUGUAGAAGAGGAACCUGGUGCAGAACAAUUUGCAGUUGGUCCAGAAAUUUUAAUAGCUGAGAAUCUGGUUCCACCGUCAGCUGUAGACAUAGAAGAUGAUGUAAAUGAGGAAAAAACUACUGAAGUUCUAGCUAUAGUCGCGGAAAAUAUCACUGAAGUAAACGAGGAUGUGAACACUGGUCGAAAUGAGGACACCACAAUGGAAGCAAAAGCUAUUGGCAAGAAUAUGGUUGCCUCUAUUGAUGGAGUGUUAAGCUCAAAAAAUGAGUCCAUCUUAGUGGCGGACGAAAGAGUUCCCGUCUUGGUUCCUGGCUUAACACAAGUUUUGACCUCAGAGGUUCACACGGACAAAGUUGUUGUUGAGAGCUCACUUGGAUCAAAUAGUGAAGAGUUGAAUGAAGUUCACAUGGAAAAAGUUGUUGCUGAGGGGUCAGUUGGAUCGAAAUCGGAGGAGUUCAAUGUGACAGAGGUAACUGCUUAACACCUCUUAAAAGUCUCUUUCUUUAUGAGCUUGGCAAGUGGCGAUGACCCCUUACAUAUAGGUUAGCAAUGAUA